GUUUAUGAAUGUGAAAAUCUGUUUUUUGACAACUAAAAAAACAAUUUUUGUUGGUUUCCCCAGUAUUGUUUCAGUUAAAACAUGCAGAUAAUUCCAUGCUGACCCGAUACCAAAUGCAUGUGGUUAAUUUGUAGUGAACGAUUGGCAUUUAUAAACCUUUAUGUUUGUUGUUGGAUCAAAAAAUGGCGAUUUUACAAUCAAUUUUUAAACGAAAUAUAACUCGGUUGCAGCUAUUUUUUUAGUAGUAAAAUGGUUCUGAAUGAAACUAAACAACUCCCGAAAUGUGUUUUUAACAUGGAUCACGGAUGGUGCGUAACGGCGAUAUCGAGACACUCUUACACAUAAAUUGCAACUGACAAAAAAAAUGUCUCGAGGAUAUGGAAAAUAUCGCCGCGGGGGAGGCUCCCAUGCCAGUUUCCACUUCGACAAUUUGUUUAAGGAAAACAGCAACAGGCCUUCCGCUGCCAGGUCUGCAGCCACAGUUGGUAAAUGGGGUAUAACCUCAUUCACUUCUAUUCGUACUGCUAAUGAAAAUGAAACCAAGCCUGUACCAGAAGCGGCUCCGAAACCAAAAAAGUUCUUCAAAAGUCGGAAUAACGAACCACCCGAUUUAGCUCCUACGUAUUCCAAAUCGUCUUCGAAUUAUCCUCCCUCCAAGAAAUCAAAAUUCGCUGCGGAGACCAGUGACAGGACAACUAGAGCCUCUUCACCACGAAAAUUCUUUUCGUCUAAAAGUAGUAGCAGCACCACAGAAAAGACUGUCUUGAGUUCAAAUGUAAAUAAAAGUAAAACUAACGAACCCACAAAACCGCCUAUAGUAUUAAGAAUAUGUCGGGGGAAGUCCCAAUUGCUUAAUGAUUCUGACGAAUCAGAAAGUACACCUACCCCAUCGAGUACGCCAUCUACUUCAAAUGCCACCAGUCCCAGAUCGUUAAGGGAUACUACAAGACCAAGUAAUUGUAGAAUUACGAGAUCGGCCAGACGCAGCAUGCAACAAGAUCCUAGUAGUUCACCGGCGAUGGCGGAUACUCCUAGCGAGUUUUCCCUGUUUACCAGCCCCAAGAACGACAACAGCGAUCUCUCUCCCCAAUACAUCCCGGCUGAGAAGUACGAACUGGAACGGAAGGCCAUGUACGAUAAUCUGCUCAGACCCAAUUCUCCCAAAGAAGCUCAAUCUAAUGAGCUCGUCAAUUUCGACGACUGCGCUAAUAAGUCUACCGACGAGACCAUCGAAUCGACAGAAGAUAUCGAUAAUGUACUAGAUAAUAAAGACGAAGAUCGAAGCGAAAUCGACAUGGAAAUUGAAGGAGCUCCGAUAAUAGCAGAAGAAACGGCGCCCGAUGAAAUUGAAACGCCAGUACCGCCCGGUUCGGUCGAAGAAAACGAGGCAACAGAAGAAACUAACGAAAAUGGCGGCGAUACAAUUCCCGCCGUGCCAACAACAGAACCCGAACAACAAACCGAGCCAGCACCAGUAAAAAAACCCGUAGGCAUCGAAGAAGAAUGGAGUACCGAUUCUGAUUCCAACAGUACCGCACCCGAAAUGGAAGUCAAGCAAAUCAUGCCCGAUCCCAAUUACAAAUCGUCUAAUCAAGUAGAAGAGCACAAAUCGGAGAUAAUGGAUAAAAUCCUGGAGAAACCCCCCGAACCGGCUCCUCCCGUUAAACUCGUCAUAUCGAAGAAGAAAGGCAGCAUCUUCAAGAGCCGCACUUUGGUGGACGAUGGAGUGACGAAGAAACGUCGAGCUUUGUACAAACACAAAUGGACCGACGACAACAAGGAACCGACUAAAGCGAAUGAAGAGCGAACAACUUCCAUAGCCGAGGGAAAGUUGGUGGACGUCGACGAUUUCGAUUUCAAAGAUGAAACUCUCGAACGGGUCACUAAGGAAUUGGACGAUGGGGAGGUAACGAGUGUGAGAUGUACAAAGAGUAAUAAACAGUUUUACACUGUCGUGAGGAACGUUAAAAAAGCGCACCAGAUCCAGGAAAUCGGGGAAUUCCAGGAAUUUAACGACGACGUCGAAUAUAUCCUGGAUGCACUCCAGGAUAACAAUCCAGUUAGUACUAGAUGUUUGUCGGCAAUAACACUGGCCUCUAAAUGUAUGGUACCCGCCUUUAGAAUGCACGUUAGAGCUCACGGAACUGUAGUUAAAUUCUUCAAAGCCUUACAUGAUGCUCCAAAAAAUCAAAGUCUAGGUUUGUGUACGGCGACCGUAAUGUUCGUCCUGAGCCAAGAUAGACUUAACAUGGAUUUGGAUAGAGAUUGUUUAGAACUUAUGUUGAAUCUAUUGGAAUCCGAUGUCAGCUAUCAACAAGCAUUAGACGACUGCGGUCUUAGUACCGCGCAAUUGGAGAAAAACAAACAGAAAGUUAGGGAAAUUUGCGCCGAGAUUCAGAGUCAGGGUCACGCUAUGCAUCUUAAUUUGGAAUCCAUAACGGUUGGUCAACUGGCGAUGGAAACAUUGUUAAGUUUGACAUCGAAAAGGGCAGGUGAGUGGUUCAAAGAGGAACUCAGAGAACUCGGUGGUCUGGAACAUAUCAUGAAGACAAUUCACGAAUGUUGUCGACAAGUUUCGGAUUACGUGGUCACUUGGACUGAUAAUUUACUAGACAAAUUAAAGAAAGUCGACAGAUGCUUGAGGGUGUUAGAAAACGUAACCGUUAAUAACGAAGAGAACCAAAAUUACAUUCUUAAAUAUAACGAAGGUAUCAUUUUGGACACUCUUGUUAAUCUUUACAAACUUUGCGACGGUGAAAUACCGCUAUAUCCAAUCACCGAUAUUACGGAUAAAACUUCAACAGGCACGAUAAUUAGGGAGGCACUUUUAAUUACUUUGAAAGUUCUUAUUAAUUUAACGCAUCAUUUUAAUAAUCAAUCUAUGGGUAGUCAAUUGAUUGGAACCAGGCCGGGUAUAAUAGAGACCAGUCUCCAUUUGUUGCUGCAAGUGCCCAACUACAUUCCUGAUCAAAAGAAAUUCGAACUGGGUGUACUUGUAUUGAUGUUGUUAAUAAAUCUCAUUCAAGAUCAAGAUUCGAAUAAGAAGCUCCUCAUGGCGGCUAAAGCGCCUUCGAAAUUGGAAAGUAUAUAUUCGCGAGAAGAAAGCGCAGUAGAAGCCUUAAUAGCCCAAUUUUACCAUUGGGAAACCUGCGCAAAGGUAGCGGAGAACAAAACCAACGCCAUUUUGGACGGCGAGAAAGACGGUGAAGAUGCACCUGCUCCAAAAUCUACGGAAGAAUUUAUCGAAGAAACUGUCGCGAAAUUAUUACAAAAAGCUGGUACACACAUGGAAUUCACAUUCCUCGCCUCGUACAUUGUUAUGUUGAUCGGAUUUCUUAUUAUGAACCAUCCGGAGUGGCAGACAUUUGUUAGACAGUUCCUCAAAGGAAAUAAUUUCGCGGAUAUGGUGGAAUUACUCAAAAAAUUCUUCAAUUUUAUGAAUUUGACAGCAUCGACCGAAGCUUCGAGUGUUUGUGCUAUUAGAACAACUGAAAAAGUGAUAAAAUAUUUGGAAGAGUGCGACAAACCCCCAUCGACUGAAGACACCUCUGUGGAAAAACCCCCGGCCUUUUACGAGUGCAUGGGCAUGGAUUUAAGUUACAGAUUGACAUCGUAGUUCCGUUUGUUAACUACUCGCGUAUUUGUUGGACUUUAGUUAAACUAGCGUUUACGAGCGUAUGGAUUUGAUAAAUGUUGAAUAGACCUGAGUAUAGUUUUCUUUUUUCCGCACAGAAGCUCGAAUUUUUGAGAGGGUUAUUAUAUUGUAAAUAAGGUGUUGAUGGAUUAUAAAGUAAAAUUUACAGGUCUGUUUAUUAAAUGAAUGAACAUUUAUAAAAUAAGAUAUAAUAGUCACGUUGUAAGAUGUAGGCCUGUUUUGUAAAUUUCCUAGAUAGUACGUUCCCGAUUUUUUCAUGGAAAGUUUAAAUUAGAUUGAAAAGGAAAAAAUGAAAUUGAUCUUUUAAAAUUGUUAUAUAAAAAUGCCAUACUACUCAGUUACCAGAAUUACCAUUACAAACACUUUAUAUGUAUUAAAAUUGCCUUAUGCUGAUAAAUUCUGACAAAUUGCAGAUAUAUUAUGUACUUAAAAUUUAAUAGUGUUAUACGCACGAAUUUUUCAAAAAAAAUCUGUUAUUAAAAAUCGGACGCGCUCUAUUUUCGAAAUAUUCUCUAUUCUUUAAUAAUUAAUUAGAUUAUUCUUAAAUGAGAGAUAUGUAUAUGCAUAUAUUUAUAUUUUUAAAUUUUAGUAUUAUGCAAUUUCUCGUAUUUUAAAAAUUGGAAUCUUUAUUUUAUGGUGUAAAUUAUAUGAGUACAAGUUUUUC